GCCAUAUGUAUGUAUGCUGUAUGUACCUGCUGUGCGAACGAGUGCGAAGGAGUCGGGAGAGGUGCAGACCGAAAGCUACUGCGAAAGCCAGGAGGCCGCCCGAUGGAACCGCCGUUCGCCGUGUUUACGUCCGUCACCUAAUUUUCCCCUCGACGCUCGCGUUGUCCUAGUUUCGCGCAACAGUCCCGUCCGCAGCGAGUAGCGCGUUUCGCCCGUAUCUCUAACCUAUCGCCGACGACCGCCGCACGCGAGAGAGAUGAAUGCUAUGCUCCUUUGAUAGGGACCACCGUCGUACAACAAUUCACGUUUGACACGGGACAGUCUGUCAGCUCAUCAGCAUCGUCGGAACGUCGUCAAACCAUCGAUUGAAGGCUGACGAGCGGGAAACGCGGCGUUCGUCCUAAGUAGACAUACAUACCUACUACACUAGUGCAUAUAGUAAUGUCUGUCCCUUCUUCGUCCUCCAACAAUAUAUCUGACAAUAACAAACUAGGCGGUACUAGUCCUAGUCCAAUUGAGGGUAUUGAGGGAGUCCCAGGCCCAAGUUCCUUGGGUCCUAUGCAUUCUGUGUUGCCACAAGACGAAGAAUCUGAGGAUUAUGGAGAUGAGGAGGAUGAGGAUGACGAAGACAGCAGUGACGCAGAAAGCGGGAUUAGUGACAUUGAGUUGUUCUGUGACCCUGAGUGUGCAGCAGAAGUUGAGAGCAACAGUAGUCAAUCUUCUUUAUUGCAAUCCCAAUCACUGCUCCCAGAUCAUGUUCAAACUUCAGUACUGCAUACCUGCGUGCCAUUGGAUGUCGUUCAGCAUCAAAGAAAGCGAAAGAGCGAGACAGAGAGUUGUCUACCAUGUAAGAAGCUUAUCCCAGAGGAAAAGUCUCAUUCAAUGACCACAAGAAAACUAGAUGAUAAGGGUAAACAUGUGAGGUGUGUCAUUCCUACUAAGGAUAAUCCUCCUCCGGAGAUGAACAGUUGGCUUUUGCAAUUUCAGAGGUGGUCAAACGCGGAAAGAAUGUUAGCAAUAGACGAAUUAAUAGAGCGAUGUGAACCCACGCAAGUGCGUCACAUGAUGCAAGUGAUAGAACCGCAAUUCCAACGAGACUUCAUAUCGCUACUACCAAAAGAGUUAGCGUUAUCAGUGUUGGCCUUCCUGGAGCCUAAGGAUCUUCUGAGGGCGGCGCAAACUUGUCGGAAUUGGCGUUUUCUGGCGGACGACAAUCUAUUGUGGAAGGAGAAAUGUAAAGCCGCCGGUAUAGACGAUCUGAAGGACUUGCCGCUGCCUAAACGCAAGAACUGCCGUAACAGCAGUCACAACUCGUCGCCAUGGAAGCAGGCCUACAUGCGACAGCAUAAUAUCAAAAUGAACUGGAGGACGAAGCCAAUCCGUACACCGAAAGUGCUGAAGGGUCACGAUGAUCAUGUAAUCACAUGUCUUCAGUUUUCGGGGAAUCGAAUUGUUAGUGGUUCGGACGACAAUACUUUGAAAGUGUGGUCUGCUGUCACUGGCAAGUGUUUACGGACAUUGGUGGGGCAUACUGGUGGCGUGUGGUCUUCGCAGAUGUCUGGCACGAUCGUUAUCAGUGGUAGUACGGAUCGUACAUUGAAAGUGUGGAACGCGGACACUGGUCAGUGCAUUCACACUCUGUACGGUCACACGUCGACGGUGCGGUGUAUGCAUCUACAUGGUAACAAGGUCGUCAGUGGUAGCAGGGACGCGACGCUCAGAGUGUGGCAGGUGGACACGGGGGAGUGCUUGCAUGUGCUCGUGGGACAUCUAGCAGCGGUCAGAUGUGUGCAAUAUGACGGGAAGUUGGUGGUCAGUGGUGCCUACGACUAUAUGGUUAAGGUUUGGAAUCCGGAACGCGAGGAGUGCCUUCAUACCUUACAAGGACACACCAACCGUGUUUAUUCCCUCCAGUUCGACGGUGUGCACGUUGUUAGCGGAUCGUUAGAUACGAGUAUAAGGGUGUGGGAGGUGGAAACCGGUGCUUGUAGACACACCCUGAUGGGCCAUCAGUCUCUCACCUCGGGGAUGGAGCUGCGCAAUAAUAUCUUAGUGUCGGGCAACGCCGAUUCUACCGUUAAAGUGUGGGACAUUGUUAGUGGUCACUGCCUUCAAACUCUUUCCGGUCCAAACAAGCAUCAGUCGGCGGUCACUUGCCUACAGUUCAAUAGCCAUUUUGUGAUUACGUCCUCCGACGAUGGUACGGUAAAGCUCUGGGACGUUAAGACUGGUGAUUUCAUUAGGAAUCUAGUUGCUCUGGAAAGCGGUGGCAGCGGCGGCGUCGUGUGGAGAAUUCGAGCGAGUGAUACGAAACUAGUGUGCGCAGUAGGUAGUCGUAAUGGUACCGAGGAGACGAAAUUGCUUGUUCUUGACUUCGAUGUUGAGGUAAAAUAGUGCGCUCGUUUCACCGCGAUGGAUCAAUCGCCCCCUUUGUACGACUAAUGUACAUAUUUGAAUUAAGUAGUCCUAAAGCUAUUCUACUGUACAAUGAUACAUGUAUUACAUGGUGUGAUUGUGAUAAGACUGUGUACGCGUCGUAAAAAUCGGGUGGUUUUGAAAGCGAAGGAAAAGGAACGAGGGAUGGAGGGGGAGGGAAGGGGUGAGAAGAGAAGAAAUUGAUGAGCGCGACAAAAGAGAGUUUAAUGAAUGUAUGAUCUCCUGGUGGAUUUUUAAAAAAGUGCUCGUCAGAAAACAAUUAUAUAUAAAUAUAUAUACAUACAUACAUACAUACAUACAUAUAUAUGUGUAUAUAUAUAUACGUAUAUAUAAUAAUCCGUGGUCGAAAAAAAAGAACGCGCGUGUGCGCGGUUGUUGUGGUGUACAAAAAGAAAGAAAGAAAAAAAAGAAUCGUGAAAUUUAUAAGACUCAUAAGAAAAAGAAACUUACGGGAAAACGAGGAGCUUAUCAGUGUACUUUUCAAUUUUCGCUGUUGUAACGAUUCAGUGGAAUCAUUGGCGGUGUAAAGGUAAUGAAAAAGAAAACAAAAAAAAAGAACAGCAAUCCAUCACGAUCUAUUGUACGUAUAUAACGAUUUAUUAUGUGGGCAUUUAGCAGCAUUUGUCGAUCGUGGAAGACAACAACGGGGCCGCAUCGUGCUAAACUUCGGGGCAAAAUGACAUUAUUUGAAGAAUCUCAUAUAUAUCUCCCGGAGUAAACGAGAAAGUAGAGCUGAUGACGAUUCCUAUGCGUUGUCUGGAAUAUACAGAUUCCCCUUGUUUUUCUUUUCUAACGAGAAAAAAACUUUCAAACGCCUGUUAUACAUCGAGCAUAAUGAAUGUUUAUAAUAAUUUAUUGGUUGAUCAAACUAUCAAACUGUCUCUGCAGCUUUAACGUAAUCCCGGUAUAACUUUACUUGUACAAGCAUCGAUCUGGUUAAAGACAAAUAUUUUUGUAAGCAUUUACAAGCCGAUAUUUUCAUAUUGUUGACGUUUUAGAUGGAAGUACUUUCGCCGAUUGGACUGCAAAACGACUCGAAAUAGGAAUUCGAUUAGUAAAAAUCGCCUUUUUUCUGUAGCAAAAGACAAUUUUCUGUCAUAGUGCAAUAAUAAAAAAAAAGAAGAAAAUAGCACAGUCAUUCAUGUGCAAUACAGAUUUAAUGAUGAAUACAGUACAAGCCUUAACCUUUGUCAACAUUAGCAAUGUCUGAUGUGUGAGCUUUAACAUGCAAGUAUCAGUGUUCUUGGUCUAAAUUAACAACAGGGGCGAGUGGACUUGUGUUAAGAGAAAGAAAGAGAGGGAGAAAAAAAGAGAAUAUUUGUGUUAGCCAGAUCUUUCCACCUAGUGCGCAUUGUGCGACGAAGAAGACUUAGACUCAUCAUCGCGACAUCAAUUGUCACUGACGAAUUUUAUAUGGAUUCUGCUGAAUCAAAUAUCAAGAAUGGCAUUAUCUUGACCUACGCUAUUUGUGCAAAUGCAUCAAAUCUUUAUUAUUGGACCUAGGCUAGACUUAGGUGUCGUGUUUAUUUGUAUAUUGCUCAAUAGUUUAUAUUAUAUAAGAAUGUGUUACCUGUUGUAUCAUUUUUUUUAUAUAUAAGAAAUAGAAAAACAUGUUGCUGCAUA